UGUGUGUCUGGACACGGUAGCGGCAGCACGUGUCACGCUGCUGCACAAUUUUUUCUACGGAUCUGCACUGCGAGACUUCAGUCAACGGAGCCAGGAGAUUUCAAUGAACUAAAGAAUAAUGAGCCAAAUACUGUGAAAGCCUAUGGAAAUGUUGUUGACUGCUUUACUGUGGUGUACGGAAAUGUGAUGUACACGAAUGUUUCUCAGUUUGAGUUAGUGACUGGGUAAGAAAAAUGAAACCAGGAAUGCAUGCAAAUCAUGCAAGCCAACCAACAGUGAGUGUGGAGCCAGCCGCCAGGUCCUGAAGACAACGACAAUCCAGAAACUGUGACAACAUUCCACCCUUCCACCUUCCCUCACCCCCCACCCCCACAACCCUCCAGCCCCCCCCCCCCUACCUUUACUACCCCAACAAGCCUGCCUCCUGCCGCUUAUUGAUGUUUACAUCUCUUACACUACAUCCCUUGACACACACUUGUAAACUUUCUUUUGUCAGCAAUAAUCCCUCAUACUUCUACUCUUGCUAAUAUGUCACAUUCAUAAUUAACCUUCCUCCCAACUUAUCGCUCUAACCAUCUUCACCUAAUCUCUACUUUAAUUAGCGUCAUUUAGUUUCCACAUACUUAUAUCUGCCAUUAUCAUCAAUUCAACAUUACCUUUUACCAUCUUCCAUCUAUUGUAUUAUCCUCAGUUGUGUAACACGUCAUAUCUGUAAUAUUUCUAUACACUGUCACUACUGUCUUGGUCUCCCUGGGGUCCCCCUCCCCGGCCCCUGUCCUUCCUGCAGAGAUGUGAGGCGUCUGCUUCCCGGCUGCUCCCAGGACCUGUUCCCAGGACCUGUGCUUAAGGUCUCACCGCAGCCGCUACUCUUCCUCCCGGUGUAUACUACCGCGGCCUGCACCUUCCCUCUGCGUCUGAUCCUCUCCUCUGAGCCUUCUAUCUUGCCGCUCCACUCAUCAACAGCCUCCUCACUUCCUGCUCUCCUACGCCCUUCUUGAUCUCUCUCUCCUCCUUACUGCCCUUCCUGACCUCUCCUUGGUACCGUGGCCUUCCCUUCUGCUCGCACGCGUGUCUGCCCACAACACAUCUUCAAACCAUUUGAAGUACUUCAACGUUACGCUGUAUACAAUUUCCUGUUUAAAUUGCUAAAAAUUGCAUAUACUUUCUAACCUCCGUACCAAAAAGCUUCCCUUGCUAAAACCGUUCUCACUCCUUUACUCUCCCUCUCCGUAUUCCCACCUCACCUCCGCGACUGAUUCCUCCUGUUCACUUUAAGGAUAUCUUAUAUCCUUCAUCUUAUUCAUACUUGUUGCGUAUCCUUUAUAGAACUCCUUUAGUCUUCCAACUUCUCGGGCAUCUCCUUCCACUGGUUUUUCCCACCUCCGUCUUCCUCGUCCUCGUCCCUGUCCUCCCGUGAUAAUGCAACAUAACCAGGUGUUGGUGAUCCAGGUGUCUAGCGGCACCAAGCUUCCCCUGGCCCUGCCGGCGCCCCAGGAGGCCCUCUUGCCCUCCGAGGUCAAGUACUCGGCCUCGCUGGUGCGCGGCCUCGGCUUCGCCCGCCUUAUCCUCGGAGCCGUCCUUUUUCUUCUGGGAGUCCUCGGUUCAUGGGUGGAGCCAGAGACGUGCUGGUCGGGCGCGGGCGUGUGGGCUGGACUGUCAACAAUCUGUUGUGGAAUAUCGGGUCUCCUCGCCCACCGCUUGUGGUACAAGAACUUCACCAUUAAAGCCUUCCUCGUGUCGUCAGUGGCGAGCGUCAUCAUCACAAUCCUGGCCAUCAUCCUCACCAUCUAUGCCAUCGUCAAUCGCCAGCAACACUACUUUUACCUUCUGGAACAGGCCGAGAACAACCCCUGGUUCCAGCCAUAUGACCUAGACAAGGAGCACCGGCUGACGUUGAGUGUGAGUGCCAACCAACUAGUGGGGUUCUGCCUGGAGCUGAUGUUGGCACUGUGGUCGACUAAGGUUGGAUGGCGAGGUGUCCGCGCCCCGGAGUUCAGCGCCGCCAGGAGGGACACCCUCGCUGACGACUGUACCAGCGUGGCGUCCCUUCCUCGCCCCGGCCAGCAGGUGCCGCUCGCUGCCCUCUAUCACCUCCUCCAGGCUCAUCCAGAACUGCUUGGAAACAAAGCUGUAAUAGGUAGUCUGGGAACACCAUGGUCAACAGUGUUAGAUGAACGCCCACCACACCAUUCUAUGGAUUAUCAGGAGCGAGUCAGUCGUUUUUUAUCCCAUGCAAUAGAGGAGCAAAAUAUGUCCUUCAGCAGAUCACCUUCAACACUUCACAGGGAAACGCGAGAUGCUUCCUCUCCAACAGUAUCUUCCAUGGUGACAGGAAGUGGCAGAGGCAGCCCUGCUGAAACUGUUAUUGCACUUGUUGGGAGUCCAGAACAAAAACACAUUGAAAGCACUGAGGAAAAUUUCUACAAUGAAAAGAAACAGGUGUCUAAUAAAUCUCAUAGAAUAGAACAUAAGAAUCGUGGUGAGCACAAAAUUAAGGCACCUGCUCCAAAGAUUAAUUCUAAAAUAAAAGAAAAUGAAAAAUUAGUGGAAAAAUGCAAGCCUUGGGUAACAAAAGAAAGCAAAGUUAUCAAUAAAACUGAUAAAGAAAAUAAAGAUAAUGCAGAAAAUGUCAAGAAAUCUUGUGAAGAUACUGAACAAGAAAACAAAGAUGAACUGAAAAGUACAGUGGUCGAAGGACAGAAUGUACCUGCAGAUACAGAACAAAUCACAAAAGCUGAUAAAGUGAACAAAAUGGAUGCUAAUUUAUCCAAAACAUCAAAAAAGGCAGAGGAACACAAAAUAGUUAAAGAUAGCAAAGUGAGUAAAACAUUAAAAUUAUCAGAAAAAAAUACAAACCAAGAACAGAAAACUGAAGGCAAUGUUACCAGAGAUUUAGAAAUGACAAAAGACAAUAUAAAUUGCAUAAAAGAGGAUAAAGUACUGUGUGAAAAUGAAAAUCAGUCAGCUAAAAUUGAAAAUAAUAAAGAUAAUGUAUCAGAGACUGCCAGUGUCCUAGAUCACACAAACAUUGUUGAAUGUAUUCAGCCUCCAUGUGAAUUUCAAGAUAACAUAGUAAUUGAAGAAAAACACAGUCAACAUUAAUAGUGCUGGGCACAUAAUAUUUAUGUGCUUAAACACCAUUUUAUACCAGAUUUUGCAGGCCAUAUCUAAAGAACAUAAGAAUCAAGGGAACUGCAGAAGGCCUAUUGGCCUAUACGAGGCCGUUCCUAUUUAUAUCCACCUAAACUCAUUCAUAUGAGUUUAGGUGGAAAAGUCUAUACAGUAAUCCCUAAUUCACUAUAAUGUAUAUACAGUAUUUACUUUUUCAGUAUUGUAUUAUUAUAACUGGUAUUAUAACUGCAUUUUGCAUGAGGUACAGUACUAAAAUACAUUAAGGUUUUAUGCAAGAAUUUGUGUGUGUGUGUAUAACUAGUUACUUUUAUCGUUUUGAAUAUGUGUUUAAAAAUUAUAAAGUCUAUAUACAAUGGAAACCCACUCAUAUACUGUGUACUAGAAAUAUAGAUACUGUACUAAGAAAAAUGUUUUUGUUUUGAUAACAAAAUGAUUGUAAUCAGUCGCAACAGAAUAUAACAGAAGGCUUUAAAUGUAAUGAGUCCAUGUAUUUUCUAAACAGGAAUUUACUGCUGAAAACAUUGAAGAUAAAAUAUUUUGGUAAUACUGCAUAUUGUACACAAAAGUGUGUUCUAUCAUUUGCACUAUUACAGUAAGUCAGGAUGCAACUGAAAUUCCUUUGAUGUGGGUGGGGACCAGUAUGAAUCUGAGCAUUCAAAUGGGUUUCCACUGUAAUAAAUUCUGCCCAAGUAUGUCCUUCUAAUAUAACCUGUAAAAUCCAAAACUUGUAAUCAAUAUUUAUUGCCUGAAAAACUUUAAUAAAGAAUGUGUGCAAAAUUAUUGUCAGUACAGUACUUAAGGAGCCCAGUGCUUGUGUACCGAAACGUCCUCAAACACACUCAAUUUUUUGGUGAAUAUCUUCAUGGUAAAUGCUGCAACUUUUCCUAAUGGAUCAACAUCAUACCAUGACCAGAAAAAAAUUAAAAUAAAAUAGAAAAACAAAUUUCACAAUUUCAAAUUUGCUUUAAAAAAUCUUAAAAUGUCACCCAUUGUUAUUUUAUUCAUUAUGGUCUCAGAAUGGCAUAUAACGUUCAUGUUCCUAAGGAAAAAAAUAUUCUUUGAGAAUAUAGUUUACUGUAAAACUUUUUCUCAAUGUGGCCAUCCAAAUAUGUGCAAAAUUUAGACACAAAAAGUGUAUACAGUAACUCCAAAUGUUAUGGCUUUAUGACUAAACGACCCUUAGGACACCUUAGAACUAAGAGUUUUGCACAUAAUAUGUAAAAAUGGUGAGAAUCGGUCAGAAACUUAUAUUUUUAAAGGUAUCUCAAAGUUGAAAAUCCUGUUCAUACAGAAAAAUUCAGUUAAAAUUCUCGACAAUGAAUAUAGUUUUUGGAAUUUAUGACAUAUAUUGUAAGUUUUAAUUAAGAUUCCUUGGCAUUUGUACUCGAAUAUGUGAAAGUUGUAGGUCAAUAUGUGUUGAAACGAAGUCAAGAAAAAAUAACCCCCACAAACAAACAAAAUAUAGGAUUAAUUAUGUUAUAGGGGAUCUAUAUGUAGACGUUAUAUAAGUGAUAAAGCCCUAAUCUGGCCCCUAAUCAUCAAAACCACAUAAAGAGGCAAAGAAAAUGUCUCUUUAGGUUGAGACAAAGAGUUUGAAAAAUGUGAAAAAUCAGCCAAAAACAAAUUAAAAGUCACAACUUCUGCUACCUGUGGCUGAUUAACAUGUUGACCAAUUUCGUUCCAACUUCACAUGCAUAGUGCCAGAUAUGCAUUCACCAAGAUGUAGAAGUCACAACAAAAUCCGCUUAGAAACAAAGGAGAGAUAAAAAUGGCAGCUUUUCGUACAAAGGGACAUAAGAAAUACAGUAUUGUCAUUGGGCAAUGUAUUUAUAUGAUAUAUAAUAAAAUACAGCAUAAUAACAUAUUAACUCAUUAUUAUGUGUGAAAUCUGGCCCUCCAGGUGGCACCAGCUGCAUAUCCACUUUGUGGACACUCCUUACUACUACUUUUCUAGCUUUGUGUGUCGGACAGGUACUCACCUAGUUGUGUUUGCGGGGGUUGAGCUCUGGCUCUUUGGUCCCGCCUCUCAACCGUCAAUCAACAGGUGCUUGCAUCUCUAUGUUGCCUGGGAUUGCCAGUAAAUAGUAGGUGUUAUUGUUAUUACCAGUACCGUAAUAAUGUGUGCACACCCAUCGUGCACACAUUUAUUUUUUUUAAAUUUGUAAAAAAUCCAUUUCUUAACAUGUUGGGAUGAAAUUUUCACGACGCUGAUGCCAAAUAACAGGAGAGUUGUAUUAAAAAUUUUCACUAUAUUUCAUAUUUGGAAAAACAUUCCUUAGUCACCGGGCCCCUUACUUAAACACAAUACUGUAUCGAUAUUCCCUGUUCAAUACAGGUAUAACUUUUUAUAAAUAUUCAUGUGUUUAGUUUUAAAAAAUUAUGAUGUAUAACAAACCUCAGUCAUUAGCACUGUUAUACUUCAGAUUCAAUAUUAAUAUAAAAUAUGUUAUAUUGUGUAUGAAUUAGUAUACCUCUUUGUUACAUAAAUUUAUAUUUAGAAUACUGUAUGAUUUGCUCAUUAUGAUGGUGUACAUUAUAAAAUGUAUUGACUGUAUAUCUUAAUAAAUUUAUAUGUUUUAAGUGUAUAUGUUUAUAUUUUCACUGAUUUAUAAAUAAUCUAUAUGGUGUGAUAACAAGGCAAGCCAAACUGUAUAAAUACAAUAUUUAUAUAACCUUUGAGCUUGGUUUAUAAUCUCAGCUCAACUCACCAGCAGUGGUGAGGAGGACACAAAGCUCAACUCAAACUCACCAGGAUUGCUGGCCCAACCCCUAAAGAACGGAAUACACUUAGUCUGCCUUUAUCAUUUGGCCGGAAGACGAGUUUCACAAGUCGGACUCAACUGCUUUCCAGUUGUAUAAGCACACAAUAUUCUCCACCAUAGAAAGGAAGUGUUGUAAAGGGAAAGUGUAUAGUUUAAAGAAUGUGAUUUUAUGCUUUUAUGUAUAUAAUCUAAUGUACUAUUUGCCUUAUACUGUAUAACAAAAAUAAUAAAUACAUGAUGAAAGUUUUGAUGCUGCUAUACAAUAUUAGUUACAGAAUAUGACAUGUAUUACAAUGUAAUUUAUAUUUAAGGUCUUAAAUUUCACUGUACCUCAAUCAGAAGAAAGCAGACAUGCAAUAAAAGAAUUUGUCAA